AUGAAGCAGGCUAUUGAAGUGUUCCGAGACCGAGUUGCGCUGUAUGUCUUUAUCUCUUCACAUGCUGUCUAUGAUGUCUCCAAAAACAGAACACACAGUGAGCCUGUGCUCCUGGAAUCAGAUGCAGUCCGGCCUGGACGGGAGAUCUCGCCGCUUGAUCGGUGGAACCUGAAGGGAAAGAGUGUCCGUGGCGACAACGAACUCGAGUGUGAAGAGGAGCUGUUGAAACAGUACAAUGCUGGCGGAUUUCCGUAUGUCACCCUUCGGCUGGGAAAUACCUUCGGACCGAAGGAGAACACCAUCCGUUAUUGGCUUCUCCACCUCUGGGUCAAGGCUUGUGUUGCUUUGACACUUCCUCUGCAUGUGGACACCAGCCUUGUGGACACCCGAAUUAGCAUGACGUACACCCCGGACAUUGCCGAGGCUGUUGUGCGGUCGAUCUCCCGUGGCCUGAACGAGACGUGCUGUGCGGAGAAGGUGCAUGGAGAGGCCUUCAACCUAGCCUGUGAGGAGAUGCCGACGCAGAGAGAAUUGUACAACUACAUCGGCGAGCCGGCAGGUGUGCCCUACGUGGAAACGAUCGAGAUUUCCCGCAAUCAUUCUGUGGUGCUCUACCCGGACAACUUGGGUGGCCCAAUCAGCGUGACAAAGGCGCAGGAAGUCUUGCGUUGGUCCCCUACGGGCCUCAGCAAAGCCCUCCGCUCGGUGGCUCGAUUCUAUGAGCGACUCAUGCUAGAAGGAAAGAAGCACAAAGGACAGAUCGAAUUUAUGUAUCGAAAGAUCAAAGCUAUGUUGGGCGAAGAUGGACCCCGCUUCGUGGAAUGGACGCGGGCGCAGUAUGCGGAGCGCAGAAAAACAGAGCUUUACGAUGAGCUGGACGAUGAGGACGAGGAUGAGAUCAUCUUGGCUCGCAUCGACUCGAAGCGUCCUGGCAAAGGAGCGCGACGUGGUGAGCUCUGA